ACUCUCAGCCUCUCUGUGAGUGGUGAGGCGGUCUCGCUGUCUCUCCCUCUCUCUCUCCCACUGUCUCCCUUUCUCUCUCUCUAUCUGUCUCUCUCACUCCGGGGCUCUAAAGGGAUCGGAAUUUUUCUCACCAAAAGUACAACAGACCUCAGAGCCACACGAGCGGUCUCCUCUCCGUUGGAUUAUUACCAAGAAAUACGCGCCGAACUUCCAACUUAACCAUGCGUCCCGCACGGAGGAAUGGAGCACACGCUUUGUAGUUUUUUCUAACCAACAGUACGAUACACCUUAAAAAGAUUUUUAUUUUAAAUUUGGGGCUUUUUUUAAAUGGUGAAUCGGCCUAUCAGGAUGAACUUGCAGCAGUGGAGCAGCCCGGCUGUCUGCAUCCGCACCACCACCGGGAGAGUCGCGCACAAGCGGCUGGACUCGGACGAUCAGCCGCCGGCCAAAUGCGCCAGGCUGAGCGCCGAGGCUGGGGACGCGCACGGAGGACUCACUUCUCCCGGUUCCCCGGUCAGCCCGGUGCCGACCCCUAUCCCACCGAGCCACCAGGGACCGUCCAGGAUAGGACCGUUCCUGCUUCUACCUCUGGCGGACCGGGAGAGCGUGCACAGCGCGAUGAACACCGAUACUGGCGAUGAGCUACUGUGUAAGGUCUUCGAUAUGGGGGUUUACCAGGAGAAGAUCAGAGCCUACGGGAUUCUACCAGCACACAAGAACGUGGCCGGCAUCAGGGACAUCAUCCUGGGUGAACGCAAGGCCUAUGUGUUCCUGGAGAAGGAUUUCGGGGACAUGCACACCCUGGUGAAGAGCUGUCGCCGGCUGGACGAGGAACACGCCUGCAGGCUCUUCCGUCAGGUGGCUGUGGCCGUGGCACACUGCCACCAGGCCGGCAUUGUGCUGGGUGACCUCAAGCUGCGCAAGUUUGUCUUCACUGACGACAAAAGGACACAGGUGAGACUAGAAAGCCUCGAGGACUGUCGCGUCCUGGAAGACCCCAACGACGACUCCAUGUCAGACACCCACGGCUGCCCCGCGUACGUCAGCCCAGAGAUCCUCAGCGGCUUCACGCCUUACUCCGGCAAGAUGGCCGACAUGUGGAGCCUGGGGGUCAUGCUGUACACCAUGCUGGUCGGCCGCUACCCCUUCCACGACCCGGACCCAGCUACGCUGUUUUCCAAAAUUCGUCGAGGCCAGUGUUGUUUGCCGGAGGGCUUGUCGCCCAAAGCCAAGUGUCUGCUCCAGAGCCUGCUGAGGAAAGAACCAUGGGAGAGACUCACAGCGGCAGAGCUGCUCGCUCACCCGUGGUUCCACCUGCCGCCGUCGUCCCAGGAAGUGGCGCCGGGUGAGGCGGAAGUGAGCUCGGCGGAACAGACGGUGCCGUCCUUUGACGUGGAAGAGGACGAUGAUCUGUUCUGCUGACGGACUCGACUCGGCCUGACUGAGGGACCAAAACAAAAUUUGCUAUGAGGGAUUCAUUGUCGUUAUUUUUUACAUUGGCACUUUUUAGAAACCCAUUUGUGUACUGUUGUGUGUACAUACACCCUCAAGCUUUCUACUUACUGUACUGUAUUUUGUUGUUGUAUACAUGUUACUUGCUAAGGGCAUUGUCCACAAUGAUCGUUCAUUGUGUUUCUAUAUGUGUGUUUUUGAAAUUAUUUGGUGCUAAAAGAAAUAACAAUGACUCAGAAUUUGCCAGAUUAAGUUUAAAAAAAAAAAUCUCUGAAGGCUCCUAUGACUGUAUCAGAGGAGUUUAAGCCCCCCAGACAAAACAGUAGUCAUCAAUGCUGGGCCUGAAUUCAUGAGGCUUCGUGCUGCAUGAGAUGAAUCUUGAAUGGGAGGCGAGGAGAUGUUGUUCCUCUCACUCUCUGACCAGGCUGCAGGCUUCGAGGCUGACUCACCGAUCAAGUCGAGGAGGACCGAGCGAGAAGCUUGACGUCUCGAAGCAGACAGCGACACGGAGUGAGAAAGAUGGUUAGCAGAGGACUGAUGUGUCAUACUCAGCGGGACACUACCAAGGUGUCUCACUGCCAAUCUGGCAAUGUCUCAGCAAAUGGAGAGCAUUUACAAAUCUCACACCACGCACAGAAGGUUGAGAAAGGCAGGGUGUUACUGGUGUAAGACUUGCAGAAAAGUGGGAAAAGCUUGUCACACACGCUCAACAACAAGCUGUGACUCCAGGCUAACACAAAUCUUUGUAAAUGGCCAGCAGGGAAAGGUACAUCUCGGCUAUUAACAGGUCUAAAACGUGCUCAGAGCUGAAACUUUCACACAAAGGUUGCAUCUGAAGGGGAAGUAUCUAAUCUGACCUCGUGUAUAUGAGUGUGAUCAGUCCAUUUAGCUCGCCUGCAAUCCUGCCUGUGUGCAAUUAGCCACAGCUAAACCUAACACUAAUGCUUCCGGUUUAAAGUAAAAUGCUGGGAGCAAGUCUGGCUUUAAAGACGUGGUCGCAUGCCUCAGCAGCAACAGAGAUCGUUGGAUAAUUCUUGCGCCUGAAGGCAGCAGUGGGAUUUCAGUAGGAAAAGCAAAAACACACAGAGAACUCAAACGGUUCUUUCUCCUGAUGUCAUCUAAUUCUUUUGUCUCAAUCUAAUAAUGUGUGUGUUUUUUAAGAGAUGUGUCAAGAUAUCCACUUAAGGAACCGUCAAAUCAGAAACACAUUACAGAAAAAUGAAGACUUUCUCAGCUGAGCAGUUGAACCUGUUUUGUUCAUUUCUGUCGGAACAUUAUGUCAAGCCGUUUUUGCUUUAACAAAGCCGCGCUGUGCUGAGUGUUGUGCCCGUAUCACUGUGUUUCAUAAACUGAAUGACUCUGAAUCAGUGGCAGUCAGGCGAUAUUUGAUGUUGGUUGUCUGCUGAUGACUCAACACUUGAGCGUGUCUGCAGAAAAUGGUCCUGACCUUGGCUGGAAGAUUCUGUUCAGACCGUUUCACCUCUUUAAUGGUACUUUUUUCCUCCCUUUUCCUUUUUUUUUUCUGUUGAAAGCUGUGGAUCCAAGGAGACUAGUCCUCAUAGUUAGUGACAUGAUGUACCACACUCUAAAAAUAUGCUUUAUGUUGGUUUGUGACAGUUACAAGCUACUACAGGUCUGCAGCCAGAUGCUUUUAUUUUGUCCUGGCACACUAAUGUUGACAAUGGUACUAAAUCUGGCAAAUCUGAGAACUUGCUGUGCAUUUAACUUUGGGUCACGCAGCAGGCUAACAAAACGCCUUCAGUUGUUUUCUCUGAUCUGCUACCAGAUAGGAAGAGACUUGUGACAAUCUGAGUUUGUCCCUCACAGAAAAGUAAUUUAAGAGAUUUAUGAUUUUGUUUCUGGUUCAUACAUGUAGAGAGAGUCACGGGUUCAUGUGACGUGUAGAUUAAACUGACACGGGUGCACAAUCUUCAUAUUGCACUGUGAAUUAUGUAUUUGUGACACAACCUAGAGGCUAUUAUUAGUCCACACAGGUUACACACAAGAGUUAUAUUCAUUGUACAAAAUGUGUAAAUAUGUAUAUUUGAAAUAUGUGUGGAGUUGUUGAAUAAAGAUCACAUUUUUUCAUAUUCA